UGCAAACUAGGGGUGGGGCUAUGUGUGAUCCGUCAGUGCAGGUUAGAGGUGCAGGGAUCAGGUGUGCACAGUCUCCAAACAGCAGGGAGCUCUCAUUCAAGGCGGUUUGCCAGCAUUAAUUUGUUGUCUUUGGGAAUUAGCCGCAGAGAUUAAGGCCUAAUAAUGGCCAACUUUGGAGGACACGCUAUUCCUGGCUCUUUUUUCCUGCUCUAUGGCUUCUGGCUAACGGUGAAAUACGUUCUCCAACACUACUGGAGGACAAACCAGCCUAAAGGAAGGCAGACUUUGCCGCCAAUCUUUAAAAGACUGGACUACAUUGAAGGAGGGCUCCAGAUAUUUGCUGCUUUUGUUGGUAUUAUGGUUGAGCAGUUUGUGGUGGAUGGGCCACAUGCUCAUCUCUACAAUGACGGCGGGUGGAUUAAGUUGAUGAACUGGCAGCACAGCACAAUGUAUCUGUUCUUUGGGAUUUCUGGAAUAGCACUGAUUUUAAGUACAAAAUUCCAACUGGUGCCAAGAGGAAUGGGCCGCUUUGCUCUCUCGUUAGCUCUUUUUGUUGAAGGGUUUCUGUUCUACUACCAUGUGCACAAUCGACCUCUUCUGGACGCCCACAUCCACUCCCUGCUCCUGGUGGCGGUGUUUGGAGGCUCAGCCAGCAUCAUGCUGGAGAUGUUCAUAACAGACAACAUUAUUUUAGAGCUGUUCGGGUCAUGCAUGUUCAUCCUACAGGGCUCGUGGUUCUACCAGAUUGGAUUCGUACUUUACCCACUAAGUGGACCGGACUGGGACUUGACCGAGCACGCCAACGUCAUGUUCGUCACAAUGUGCUUCUGCUGGCAUUUAGCUGUGGCCCUGCUUUUAGUCACUUGCACUGCAGCUGUAGUUUGGUUGAUUGUGGUGCAAUUCUCGGCAAGGGGACGAGACAUAGAGAUCGGAAUGCGUAACACAUCCUCUGAAUUGACCUCUCAGAAAGCUUUGCUUCAAGAGUCAGAUGAAGAAUGAAGGCAUGUUUAUGGCUCUUUGAUUUCAUUUUUCAAAUGUUGAUCUAUUUCAUCUGUUUUUAAAAACAUGUCUAAAGAAAAUAAGAUUGAAAUCCAUGUGAAUUAACUAUGAUUAUCAUGUUUGUAAAUAUUAAAAAGGACAAUUCAUA